UCUUCUUCUUUCUUUCGUUCUUUCUCUAACUGCUUGUCUCGUCUAUGUAUCUGCAAUCUCAGAUUGGGACUCGAAUAAAAUUCCAGUGUACCAUAAAAAUUUAACUUUUAAAAACAAACGCACAUAUAAUAUUGUAAAUCACCGCUAGAAAAAAAAAAGAAUUUUGAAACUUAUUUUUAAAUCGUUAAUUUUUUUUUGUAAAUCCAAGAAAGGAAUCUGUCGUUGUGUUUUGUCAAGACGAAAUAAAUACCUUGGAAAUUAAAUGAACUUCUAAAUUUCAGUGAUUUCAUUUCAAGUUUUUGUCUGUUGUGGAGAGAAGAGAGAGGGAAAUGGCAGUGUCGAUGAUCGGAAUGAAUGCAUGGUUCAGCAAGAAGAUUGUAGAUCCUCUCUAUCAAAUCCUCAGCAGAGGUACAGAACCGAAGCAACUAGCAUUCUCUGCUGCUCUUGGGAUUACUCUUGGAGUUUUCCCUAUUUGUGGAGUCACCGUUUUGCUAUGCGGAAUGGCUAUUGCGAUGCUUGGGUCUCUAUGCCAUGCUCCAAGUGUAAUGUUAGCUAAUUUUGUUGCAACUCCCAUAGAGCUGAGUCUUGUGGUGCCCUUUUUGCGGUUCGGUGAACUUAUUUCUGGCGGACCUCAUUUUCCAUUGACAUCGGAUGCUUUCAAGAAGGUUUUGACAGGCCAAGCUUCACAUGAAGUGUUAUUAAGCAUUCUUCAUGCGUUGAUGGGAUGGCUUGUUGCAGCACCCUUUAUACUGGCUGCACUCUACAUAAUAUUUUUACCAUGUUUUAAGGUCUUGGUCCGCAAGUUCAGCUCUGGUCCAGGGAGUCCAAUUAAAUCACCCACUUCAUUUACGGAAGUCAGGCUCAAGAUGAGUUUUAGAGAAGAAGAAGAAGAUGGCGAAGGUAUUUUAGUUAAACACUAAGUGUAAAUGACGUGGCAAUUGACGGGCUCUUCAUAUAAGCAAAGGCGGGGCUCUUACGCUCUAGUCAGUAUUCCGGUGAAAGCAAAUCAAUUAGAAGUAGGGGUGAUAAAAAAAAGUUGAGAAAACCGAAAACCCGGUCUAAAAUGAAAAAAUCAAACCGAAAGAAUAGGUUAAUCAAAUUAACGGUUUUGGUUUCAGUUUUGGGCUUUAGUUUGGGUUUUAGUUUUUCAUAUCAAAAAAUGAAACAGUUCAUAUACAGCUUUUAACAUAUAUAAUAUUGAUGUGUAAUUGUUAUA